AUCUUACUAACCAUAUGUUAUUUUGGAAUAAUAUGUAGGAAUGCAGGAACAUAGGUCCGGUUCUUGUGUCUCACCGCGAGAAUAUUAUUGCUUUAAGCUGCAAAUUAGACCCGGGGAAUUUAACAUCCUACUGUUUGGAGGCCGGUUGACUCAACAAUAUAUAGUUGAUAUGUAUAUUAAGAUUGAAUCAAUAAGGUUAGCAUUCUUGUUACGACCAUCCACUCAGAUUCUCAUAAGAGCAGAUUUAUAUCAAGGAUUGGUAGAUAGCAUUGUUGCUGGUGAAACACGAGCAUGUAUGACUGGUAAGCGCAUUGUGCUCCCUCCAUCAUUUAUUGGAGGACCAAGAGAUAUGCGUCGCAGAUAUCUGGAUGCAAUGGCUUUGGUGCAACGGUUUGGAAAGCCAGACAUAUUCCUUACAAUGACUUGCAACCCACACUGGGAGGAGAUAACUAGGGAACUCGCACCAGGCCAAUCACCACAAGACCGUCCUGACUUGGUAGCCCGAGUCUUCAAGGCAAAAUUAGAGGAUUUAAAAGCUCUUCUGUUCAAGAAGAAAUUCUUUGGUGAAGUUGCUGCACAUGUGCAUGUAAUUGAGUUUCAGAAGAGAGGUCUACCACAUGCCCAUUUCUUGAUAAUUCUAAAGUCAAAUUACAAGAUAACUAACCCAGACCAAUAUGAUGAGAUAAUAUCGGCUGAAAUUCCUGAUAAUGAUAAAUAUCCUAUGUUGCAUGCUUUAGUUAUUAAGCACAUGAUGCAUGGCCCGUGUGGAGUUCUCAACAUAAAUAAUCCUUGUAUGGAAAAUGGAAGUUGUAGGUAUCAUUAUCCUCGGCAGUUCGCAGAGACUACACUGCAAGGAGAGGACUCUUAUCCAAUCUAUAGGCGCAGGAAUGACGGCCAUCGAGUAUGCAUUAGGGGUGCAGUUCUGGACAAUAGAUGGGUUGUGCCUUACAAUCCCUAUCUACUUAUGCGAUACAAUUGCCAUAUCAACAUUGAAGUUUGCUCUAGCAUCAAGGCGGUGAAAUAUUUAUUCAAGUACAUCUACAAAGGUCAUGAUCGUGCCUCCUUUGUGAUCGAGGCCAUGGGAGAUGGUGCAGUUGUUAAUGAGAUUCGUGAGUACAGAGAUGCAAGGUUUAUAUCACCUCCAGAGGCAAUAUGGAGGAUUUAUUCUUUCAAUCUUAGUGAGAUGUGUCCAUCAGUUAUACAGUUACAAGUCCAUUUGCCAAAUAUGCACCACGUGUGCUAUAAAGAUUCUGAAAAUUUGGAGUAUGUGGUCAGCAAUGGAUUGGCUUCGAGAACAAUGCUUACUGAAUAUUUUAGAAUGAAUUCUAUUGAUAGUUAUGCCAGGAAUUUCUUAUACAAGGAAUUUCCAGAAUAUUUUGUAUGGGAAAAUGGUACUAAGAGUUGGAGACCUCGCAAACAGAGAAAACAAGUAGGGAGACUUGUCACUGCAAACAGAGAAAAUGGUACUAAGAGUUGGGGUCUGAUUGAGGCUGAUCGUAGUGUUUCUGAUUGUCUGAGCGAGGCUGCGACAUUCGAAAUGCCUUCUGCACUUAGAAGGCUUUUUGCAACAAUAUUGGUAUUCUGUGAGGUAACAAGUGUUCGUGAACUAUGGGAGGAACAUUUUGAGGCCAUGGCUGAUGAUUUUCGGCAGGAGAGUGUAAAUAAUAAAGAAUGUCUUGAGCAGAUGGUACUUAGAGAUAUUAGUGCCCUGCUAUAUUCAAUGGGUAAGGAUAUCAACUGCUUUGAUCUUCCGAAAAUGACAGAUGACACUGGUUUGGCUAGCUCAGUUUGUAGAGAAGUAACUGAAGAGUUGUCUAUUCAUGCUGAUCAAGAGCACCUGGACCUCUAUGCAACAUUAAAUUGUGAGCAAAAAAUUGCCUUUGAUGAGAUAAUGAAUCAUGUUCUGAAGAGAAAGAGUAAGGUUUUUUUUAUUGAUGGUCCAGGAGGUACAGGAAAGACGCAUCUGUAUAAGGCUUUACUCGCGAAAGUGCGGUCCAUGGGACUAAUAGCAAUUGCAACUGCAACAUCUGGAAUUGCUGCAUCUAUAUUGCCCGGUGGUAGGACUGCACAUUCCAGAUUUAAGAUACCAAUAAAUAUUCACGAUGACAGUAUGUGCAGCUUCAGUAAACAGAGUGGGACUGCGGAACUGCUUCGCAGAGCAUCUUUAAUCAUUUGGGACGAAGUUGCCAUGACAAAACGUCAGGCUGUGGAGGCACUUGACAAAUCCUUGCAAGAUAUUACUGGUGUUGGGUCUCCUUUUGGAGGAAAAGUGAUAGUAUUGGGAGGAGAUUUCAGACAAGUUCUUCCAGUGGUGAGGCGAGGCACAAGGGCGCAAGUAACAGACGCUACACUGAAGAGAUCGCAUCUCUGGAAUGAUAUAAAACAAAUAAAGCUAUGGCGUAAUAUGAGAGCACGAUUUGAUCCAUGGUUCUCAGAUUUUCUGUUAAGAAUUGGUGAUGGUACAGAAGCAUCAAUUGGCCAAGACUAUGUGCGCCUACCUGAAGAAAUAGUGGUCGCUUACACAGAUUCAAAAAACUCAGUUAGUAAGUUAAUAAAUGAUAUAUUCCCUUCACUUGGCCAGAAUGGAGUAUCACCGUCUUAUAUUAGUAGUCGUGCCAUUCUCUCCACUAAGAAUGAAUAUGUCGAUGAACUAAAUGCAAUGCUCAUUGACCAGUUUCCCGGGGAAGAAAAGAUCUACUAUAGUUUUGAUUCAGCAGUUGAUGAUCCACAUAAUUACUAUCCACCUGAGUUUCUAAACUCACUCACACCCAAUGGUCUUCCUCCACAUGUUCUUAGACUGAAGAUUAAUUGUCCUGUCAUUUUACUUCGGAAUCUAGAUCCGUUUAACGGACUGUGCAAUGGAACACGCCUUAUCAUUAGAGCAUUUCAAGAAAAUGCUAUUGAUGCAGAAAUCAUUGGCGGCCAACAUAUUGGAAAAAGGGUAUUCCUUCCACGAAUUCCUUUGUAUCCUUCGGAAGAUGACGUGCUCCCCUUCAAGUUCAAGAGAAAGCAAUUUCCAAUUCGUCUUAGCUUUGCCAUGACAAUUAACAGAGCUCAGGGACAAACUAUUCCAAAUGUUGGCAUCUACCUUCCAGAGCCAGUGUUCUCUCAUGGUCAACUCUAUGUUGCUUUGUCGCGAGGGACAUCAAGACAAACAACAAGAAUACUUGCAAAACCAAACAAGGAGGUUGAUCGGUCUGGCAAAAGCACCAAAAAUAUUGUCUACAAGGAUGUUUUGAUGUAA